UCGAUCGUCAGUCAUGACGUCACACAUAAACACACAGUGUUGACGUGUCGGUAGAAACUGUUAACACUUCACAACUCCUUUAAAAUUUAACGAUUACUGCGUUUCGUGGGCUUGGCACCUAUUCUUCACAUUUUUACAUUCAAGCAACGUGCUACUUCUGGCUCUAAAAGGCCGUGGUCUGCUGGUUACGCGGCCCAACAACCCCAAUACGAGGAACACCCGGCAAAGCCACCAGCCCCCUAAAACACUCCAGAAGAAGAAGAAUACGAGGAACAUCCGGUUAUUGUGGCAAAGCGGCAAUAUUUAACUGACCAAUGACGAUGGAUUUGACAGCAUUCUCCCAAGAAAACUUUGACCCUAAGGAGUGGAUCAAUAGUGUGUUUCGCAGUCCGGAAGCACAGCAAAAUCGUGAUCAAUAUGCAUCAUCACUUGUCAUGCGGCUCCAGCUGGCCAUUCAGGAGGUGAACGGUGCUCUGGAGGAGACCAGUCAGCAGGUUGUGGGAAGUCUGCCACGAGUGAUGAGGGAUAUAGAGUCCUUGGGUCAUGAAGUAUCCAUAUUAAAGAACCAGAUGAACAGUGUGAGACAAGACAUAGAGAAGGUGGAGCACAACACAGCUGCCAGUAUGCAGACAUUGGUGAAACUGGACACUCUGAAAGGACGAAUGGUGGCCUCCUCUCAAGCCCUGCGUGAAGCAGACAACUGGACCACUCUUUCCACCGACAUUGAAGAGGUAAUGGAAAGUGGAGAUGUGCAGUCCAUAGCAGAGAAACUUGUUGGCUUACAGAAUUGUUUGAGCAUUCUGACUCACGUGCCCGAUUAUGAAGAGCGGGCAGCACAUCUGGAGGGCCUUAAGGUGCGCCUAGAGGCCUUGGCCAGCCCGCACAUUGUGGCUGCUUUCACAAAUCAUAGUUUGGAUGAGUCUAUGAAGUAUGCUAGGCUGCUGCGUUCUCUUGGGCGGGUCAGUCAGCUGGAGAGUUACUAUCACAAGUGUGAGAUAGGUCAACUGGGAGCUGCCUGGAGAGGGGGAGUAGAGGGCUACCAACUGGCAGGGCCUCCAAACUGGCUCAUUACUUUCUAUGAUAAAGUUUCUCUUCUCACUUCACAACAGGUGAGCUGGUGUGAGCAAGUGUUUGAGGGCUCAGACUCAAGUCUUCUGUUGUCUCAGUUGGUGGCUGCCUCUCUGACUUCCUUAGACCCUCCUGUGAACCAGGUGUUGGCAGCAGCUGUUAAGCAGCAGGAACAGCCUCUAGACUUCCUCAUUGCUGUAAAUAAUGCUGGAGACAAUUUCUUAAAGGAUCUGGAAAAUUCCCUUGGUACUGCUAAACAAGAUCAGGAGGCACUCUACCAAGCACAAAGGAUGGUAACACAGGCUGUUUAUAAACCACUUGAGGAGCAAAUUACCAGACACCAGGAAUACCACGAGGCACAGCUACUCUCCCACCUUAUUUCUGCAGAUAUUGUGAAGGAAGACAUGGCCGAGACUCUCUGCCGUCUGAGGGAAUACUGUGGUAAGAUUCCCACUCAGGCUGAAGCAGCUGCUGAGCGUUGCAUACAGCUAAGCAAUGGAUGGAGCUUCCCUAGUCUUGUCUUGGCCCUCUCCAGCUAUAUAGAACAGUGCACAGCUCGUCUGGCCCAAGCUGCACGACAUGUACAGAAGCAAAAGUCUUCCAUUAUUGAUGACUGGACUGUAUUUACUAUUUGCCUCAACCUUAUCCAAGCUGCAGGAGAAUUAGUGAUGGCAAUAGAGAGCAUGGAACACUCCUUGGCUACCCGCUUCACUACUGUGGCUACAAAGUUCACCUGGCAUGCUGUCACCCCCUUCACACCAACUCCAGAUCUUCUUCUUUCACCUCAAGCUACAAUCCAGUUGAAGAACUUAGUUAUGAAGGUAGUGGAAGAAGAUGGGAGGCUGUUGGAGCAGAGCCUGACAGAGGUGCAGGCACAGUGUCAGAGUGCUGUGGAGGCUGCCCUCUCCACCAUCAUGGCACCUGUGUCUUCCCAGCUGGCUACUCUGCCAGAGCUGCCUGCUUGGACAUCUCGACCAGGAACCUCAGCACAGCUCUCAUCUUCCUUCUCACCACAGGAGUACAUUACACAGAUUGGGCAGUACCUUAUGACUUUACCACAACAUCUCGAACCUCUCUUAGUAAACCACAGUCCUGCCCUUAACAGAGCUCUGCAAGAAGCCAACACUGCCUCUGCCUCUAGCAGCACUGGAAGGAUUGUUAGUGAGAGUGAGAUCAGUGCAGCAGACUUCCUAAUCAACAGUGUCGGUCAUAAUACCUGCAGACUCUACACAGAAGCAGUACUAAAGAUCCCAGACAUCACAGCUUCUAUGGUGACACAGCUCACAACAGAUAUAGAUUAUGUGUGCAACAUCUUGGAAGAUUUGGGAGUAAGUUCUUGUGAGCCACUGGACCAACUGAACACCCUCCUGAAAGCCCCAGCAGAUCAGUACUUGAAAGUGGCACCAGGCAAAAACCCAAGACUGAUAGCUGCUGUGAGACAAAUGAGGAACAUUCCUGGACAGUCUUAAAGAAAAAUUAUGCCAUUUGAGUUGAUGAAGAAAAAUAUGUAUUUGUUAAACUAAAAAUGAAAUACCAAAUAUGAAUAUAUCAAUAUUCAAAUAAUAUGCAACAGAAGGUUACUAUUAAAAACACUGAACCUCAAACUUUUAACUAUCCAUUAUACUUUAGAGUUCAAUAAACAAUGCAUGCAACUCCCA